AUGGCCUGGCUCCCGGCGGUCACCCUGGGCUGCAUCAGCCUCCUCUGCCUGCAGCUCCCGGACGCGCUGCCUCUCCGCCAGGGCAGGAGCUGGCGGCCUGCCAGGCCCAGGGGGCCCCCAGCCUGGCUGUCUUCCAGUAGCCUGCAGCCCCAGCAUCCUGCACCCUGGCCCGCUGUCCGGAAGCCACGCCAGGCCCUCCACGUGCAGCGGAGCACCGGCCUGGGCCCUGCUGUGGGCCAGCCCCUCCAGAACGGCCCCCGCCGACAUCUGGGCCCCCGCAGGCCCAGAGCGCAGCUCCUGCGGGCGGGCUGUGGGCUGGGUACCUGCCAGGUGCAGAGCCUCAGCCACCGCCUGUGGCAGCUAGUCGCAUCGGCUGGCCCACGGGACUCGUCCCCCGUGGACCCCAGCAGUCCUCACAGCUAUGGCUAG